CGAGAGGAGAAAAUUUACAACUUCAGUUGUGAAUUGUUCGGUUUUCUGUUAACAUACACAUAACAUAAUCACAGGAUUCUCUGAUCCUUAACAGAGCGAGACAAAAAUGUCGAAAACUGAUUUAGAUUUAUAUUAUGAAUUGGCUAUGAAUAUUGUUCGAGAUGCCGGUCAAAUACUACGAGAAUCAAUUAAUGGAAGAAAAACAGUCAAAGAAAAAUUGUCAAAUUGGGAUCUUGUUACGGAAUACGAUCAAAAAAUUGAAGACAUAAUUAUUGGAAGAGUGAAAAAGGAAUAUCCAAAUCAUAAAUUCAUAGCCGAGGAAUCGACUGGCAAAAAUCUACCAGAAUUGACAGAUGAUCCAACAUGGAUAAUUGAUCCAAUUGAUGGUACAUUGAAUUACGUUCAUUGCUUUCCUCACACCUGUGUUGUGAUUGGAAUUGCGGUGAAAAAAGAAAUGGUUAUUGGAAUCGUUUACAAUCCAGUAUUGGAACAACUAUUCACAGCGAGAAAAGGUCAAGGUGCUUUUUUGAAUGGAACUCCGAUUAGAACGUCAAAAAUCCAAGAUCUAUCCAGAUCUCUGGUUUGCUUAGAAUUGGGUUUCAUGAAACUGGAAAGUAUGAGAGAACUGACGACCGAGAGACUCAAAGCAAUAAUCAAAGAAGCACAAGGAAUUCGAACUCUUGGAGUAGCAGCAUUAACAUUAUGUUACGUUGCACUUGGAGUUGUCGAGGCUUAUCACAUUGAAGGACCAGGAAUCUCAACCUGGGACAUUGCUGCAGCUUCUCUAAUUAUUACCGAAGCAGGCGGUGUCGUAUUAGAUCGUGAAACUGGAAACAAUAUUAAUAUUAUGAAACCACAGGCGAUUGGAGCUUGCAACGAAAAAAUAGCGUACGACAUAUUCAAUAUUAUCCGUGAAGCAGACAGAAAAGUGGAGAAGAAAAUUUAACAACAAAUAUAAAUGAAAUUAUAUUUAAAAAAAAAUGCUCUCAAAUAUCUUUAAAUAAUAUACUUAUAUAAGUUUCAAAAUGUAUUAUUUAGCUCGUAACAGUUAAUUAAAAAUAAACAACUCAAUUUACAAGAUUAAUAUGAUUUUGAUUUCCCACCGUCACUAUUUUACAGUUAAUGUAUUUAAUCACUAUUAAACCGAAAUUUACA